AUGUCUGGAAGGCUGUGGUGCAAGGCCAUUUUUGCUGGCUACAAGCGAGGCCUCCGGAACCAAAGAGAGCACACGGCUCUUCUUAAAAUUGAAGGCGUUUAUGCCCGAAAUGAAACUGAGUUCUACUUAGGCAAGCAGUGUGCUUAUGUGUACAAAGCAAAAAACAAUACAGUGACUCCUGGAGGCAAACCAAACAAAACCAGAGUGAUCUGGGGAAAAGUAACCCGGGCGCAUGGAAACGGUGGCAUGGUUCAUGCCAAAAUCUGAAGCAACCUUCCUGCAAAGGCCAUUGGACACAGAAUCAUGAUGCUGUACCCAUCCUGGAUUUCAACUAAUAGAGAAUAAAUAAAUAUAGAUUUGUGCUCUGGUAAAAAAAAAAAAAAAAGAAAAGAAAAGAAACACAACAAAGGCUAGAGUGAUGGCUCAGUAGUUGAAAGCACUGACUGCUGUUCCAGAGGUCCUGAGUUCAAAUCCCAGCAACCACAUGGUGGCUCACAACCAUCUGUAAUGGGAUCUGAUGCCCUCUUCUGGUGUGUGUCUGAAGACAGCGACAGUGCACUCAUAUACAUAAAAUAAAUAAAUCUUUUAAAAAAACUGAGUCAAAGAUCACUGGUACAAAGUUUGUCUAGUCUGUAUCACACCCUGAACUUGAUCCCCCAACACUGGAGGAAAAUAAGACAACAUUAGAAGGCUGAAAAUGGCUGCGGACAUAGCUCAGUUGGUGCAGUUACUUACGUGCCUGGCAUGAAGGGAGUCCUGGAUUAAUUCCUAGCACUUGGGAGUUAGAGGCAGAAUGAAUACAAGUUCAGUUACCCUCUGCUAUGUAACAAGGCCAGCCUGGGAUAGAUGCGACCUCAUCUCAAAAAAUCAACAAUACAAGUAACAUACAGACUAAGUUGAUUAUAUUUAUGCAAUUAGGCAUACAGAUGAACAAACACACCACACACACACAAACACACACACACACACACACACACACACACACACACACACACACACACACACACACACACA